AUGGGCGAAAAUGACCGCUUUCUUUCAUAUCUGCCCCAUAGCGGCUUUAACAAUCAACGUAUUGCUUUGGAAAAUGCUCUCGUGUUAUCCCGUAUGCUGAAUCGUACUUUGCUUUUGCCUCCUGCCCGUCUCGGCAACAAACCUCUGCCUUACAUGGAUUUUGAGAAGCUAUCUCACUUCGUCUCGUUGUCAGGGAAAGAGCGGGCUCGUCGUUGUGCGUCCAUCCCAACUUCAGCCCCUGUACCUUUGGAAUGUUUCGACUACACACUCGUUUCAUGGUAUUCGCUCAUGAACCUAUCCUCACUGCAAUCGGAACAAAGUAUUUUCGAGAGAUGGGAUCUCAGCGCAGCCUGGCUUGAACGGAUCGGCGUUACCCAGGACGAUAUUUACACUCUGGCGGGCUCUCGACUGUACCACUAUCGCUUCGUAGACUCGAAAUCGGAGCUCUCUGGGGACCAAAAAUACACGGAAUCCGUCAAUAUUGCUGACUUGGCUCAGGUACCAUCGAGACUGAUCCAGAUUGGGACUCUCUUUGGGUCGUCCCGUCUUCGUCUCAGGCAGCCAGGCAACUUGGCCCUCCGAGGCGAUAUUCGGCGAAGAAUGACUCUCUCAAACGUCCUCCUACACCGUAUAGCGGCCGAUAUCGGCGACGCCAUGGGCGGCGUGUAUCUAGCGGCCCACGUACGCGUCGGAGACGGGGUAUUCAGCGAACGUCAGCACCACAACGCCAGGCGCAUUUGGUGGAAACUACUUAGUCAGGCCUUGGAAUUCGACAAUGAACGCAUCAGUGCUCUGGAAAAUCGUUUGAGUAACGCAAGCUGGCAUUGCACAGGGUCCAUCCCCGUUAUCUCGCCUGACCCGCCAGCACUCAAAGUUCCUCGACCGGCUCUAUCUCCGAUGCCUUCUUCCUUCCGUCCUCGCUACUCAUGUCGUGGAUCCACGGAGGGACUCUUUGACCCGAGGCUCGCAGUCCCUCUCUUCGUAUCCACCGAUGCUCCCGACCCUGCCAAUCACGCACUCAUCCGUCCCUUGAUGUCGACGUUCCCCUGUACAUUCUUCCUAUCCGACUUUACCUCAGAGCUGGCGCCUCUAGACCCUAUACAAAACCCCUACGACGGAGCCUUUCUCAAGCCGUUCCUCCUCCCUCUUAUUGAAGCAAUCAUCGCUGGCAAAGCGAGGUACGUAGUUGGCACGGACGGGAGCACUUUCAGUGCGUAUGUCCAGGAUGUGCUGUGGAGAGCCUAUCAUGAUUGGGAGAUUGUUCAAAGAGGAUGA